AUGAGCCAGUGUGCGCAAGACAUGCCGUUUCUGCCUGCCACGGUACUGGGAGGCAGUAUGGACGAAGAAUCCAUUUGUCCAUGGACUGCCAUGGCCUAUAACUCUGAGUACGACUAUGCGGUCACUUGCAGUUCCCACAACAGCCAUCGGAGUGACCUUAGUGGGGGAUCUAGCGCAAGCGAUACGCGCUUCAAGGAAGUAAAAGAAAGCAAACCUGCUUCUGAUGCAUGCUCGGGCUUUCCACAGAGUGCAGUUCGCCGAUGGUUUUGUCCAGCUGGAGGCCGAGCUGGCACAUCAGGCAGGUCGGCUCCCGUUCCUCCUGGACAGCAUAAGCUCAGUGCCUUAUUUGAAAGUAAGACCACAGCGACAUCUGGCGCGCCAGCCAACAAAAGACGCAUUGCUAAUAAGCGUCGCGCCUCAGAAAGCCCAACUGCAGAACCGCCUAGCGUUCCUCGCGCCUCGACUGAAAGCCCAAGUGGUCCAACGAUAGACUCUGAUUCACUGCCCCGAUUUGAUGACUGCUUUCAGACGUACUCAGUCUGUAUUACGGUUAAGCUAGGAAAUUGGUAUCAAGUAACAAUCUAA